AUGGCUACCACUUCGGCAAACAAGCUGAAGCUGCUCUUACUUGCGUCAAUUUCGGUCGCGCAAGUGCUGGCGUACACAUGGCCGAAUCCAGCAUACGACUAUGUGGAGGAGUUUCUGUGGCUUGAAUUGACUGGCUUCGCCGCUAUUCCUGCUUUGUGCGGGCCGAAUGCCGCGAAUCCAAACGGUACAACACCUUCUAUUCAAGCGCAAUGGCUCCGCACGGCGUAUCACGAUAUGGCGACUUUCAAUGCUGGCGUCGGCGGUAUCGAUGGCUCGUUAUUUUUUGAACUGGACCGUGCGGAGAAUGUCGGUGUUGGGCUCAGUAAUACUCGUAACCAGUUCAUCAAGCACAUUUCCAAGUACACUCCGAUACCCGACCUUAUUGCGGCUGGGGCCGUUGUUGCCGUGGGUCAAUGCGGAGGACCGAGCAUUCCGUUCAAGCCGGGGCGCGUGAUGGCCGCGGCUGCCGGGCCGUCCGGUGUUCCGGUGCCGACCGGAAGUCUUGCGGAUCACACAGCCGCGUUUCAGCGGCAGGGCUUUACGGCGACCGAAAUGAUCGGGCUAGUUGCCUGUGGACAUACACUUGGUGGAGUGACUCCAGCCGACUUUCCGUCCAUCAAUACUGGCACCGUUAUCGCACCGUUUGAUGAUACUCGCACAUUCGACAAUCAUAUCGCAACCAACUAUAUCUCUGGCCCGAAUAUCAAUCCCCUGGUCAAAGGUCCGGCAGUGACCGACUCUGAUGCUCGUAUUUUCGCUAGCGAUGGAAAUGUGACCAUGAACAGCUUUGCCAGCUCCGCGACGACGUUCAACUCAGUUUGUGCUUCCCUGCUUUCUCGGAUGAUCAACACGGUGCCGACGGGCGUGACGCUCCGUGAUCCAGUUGUGCCCAUUCCUUUCAAGCCUCGCGACUUCUUGCUUUCUAUUACCCCUUCUGGAACGCUCAACCUCCAAGUUACUGCAGAUAUUUUUGGUGCUUCCGUGAUCAAUCCAAGUCGUGUGGUUACGCUCCACUGGGCGGACCGAAAAAGCACUACGUGCGCGUCUGGGGCAUGCUCGGCGUCGCCGACGUCGACGACCAGCAACGCUGCCCUCCGCAACGGCAACACGCUACAGUCAUACAAGUUUUCCGUCACCGUCUCCGCGACAGCGUCUUUCUCCAGCUUUUGGUUCACCGUGGACGAGGCCGGGAAUGGCGCGAAUGUUGUAACUCAGAACAAUGGCGGGGCCAACUAUCCGGUGGACGACACGGUCGUGAAUGUUCCGGCGUAUUCGUGUGGGCUGUUCAGCGGGUCGAAUAUUGCCCGCAUUACAACUGCAGUCCGAACAGAUGGCACUACGCAGGCAAGCGGGGUCAGCGUCGAAGCGAUGUUCCAGAAUCAAGUCGCAAUGCGCGCUGAUCUCACCACCGUCGCUGCCACUCUCGGCACAUCGCCCAUCGUUAGCCCAGUCUCGCAGUACGCAUACUACACCGCCCUUAUUCCCGGAGAUUCUUCCCUCUCGUGCCAGUAUCUCAACUUUGAGUUUUCGGCCACGUUCGGAGGAGUUGUCCACGCUGGGGCGUUGCUGGGUGGUGCCUGUAACGUGCGGAGCAUCCAUAUCGCGGCAGGGUGCAGUUCAACCUAG